AUGUCGCAAUCGCGGAAGUGUAAAAUAUCAUCGUCGGCAGAGCAUUUUUUGUCCAACGGCGACAACGGACCGAGACAUGAUCUUUCCAUGGCUAGGACCGCCAAGGACUUACAAUCACGAUCCACCCACCCUAAUGAAUGUCGAAGAAAAAAAAGCAACAAAAAGAUACCAAAAAGUCUGCGCUACGAUCUUGAAGCAGCCUUAGUUGGUUUAUGCGACGUUUGGUUUGAAAAUAUCAAGCCGCAUUUAGUGCGAAACAAUAUAAAGUUACACGUGCACAAUACGGAAGCGGCUGCAGACGCUGCUGCUUCUGCCUGUGGAGACUUGGAGACACCAGCGAUGCCUCCUUGCGCACAUCUCGACCCAGGUGCUGCUACCGAUCUUCUUCGGCAGGAGGAUGCAUGUUAUGUCGGCUUCUGUGCAACGCAGCCAAUAGCAUCGGAAGCGCAAUGUUUCAGGCCACAAGUGUCGAUCUGCCAGAACCAAUCAUCGCACGGACGCCCUCUGAAGACCCAUCAAAACAAUGAAAUUUUGUUGAAAAAUAAAUGUAAACACCAACCACGGCGUGUAUCGCGCACAUGUCAGACCAAUGCCAUCCUACGUGCGCCGAUGACAGAGCCAACUUUCUCAUUCAAAGAUCGUCAUAUACGAAACUUAUUUAAAUCCGUUUUUAAAAAGGUUCCAGUAUGUCCUCCUACUACGCCGCUAAGUGCAUUGCCAAAGUCUAAACAAAUAACGAACAUGGCUUCACAGACGGUGCCUCAAAUGUAUUGUACAUUUUUAGACAACUUAUGUUCACUCAAUCGACUCCGGGCCACCACCCCACUCUCACACAAUAAGACGCAGCAGCGCGUGCGGAAUCAGCCAAAUUUGUUUCAAAAUGACCUAAUAGAUAUUAUAGGUAAACGAAACGAUGAGAUAUUAAGAGAUAUUUCUAAAAGUCAACAGAAAGUAGGAUACCCCUCCCUGGUCAACUUAGUUUCACCUAGGGAUAGACAGAAAACCGGUGCUCCGAAGAAGAAUCCCCCUUGGAGAUGA